CAAAAAUAUCCAGCAGAACAAUAUCCCAAAUCUAACUCUCUCUCCUCGUAUUUUCCCUUCCCCAAUGGCGUCGUCGGUGACCUCUCUUCUCUUCCCACUCUUCUCUCUCCUCUUCAUCACCUCCGUUUCGGCAAGACCAGGUAUCCCCUUCCAUCCUUGCAACACCUUCAUCGUCUCUACCUAUUCUUUCUUUCUCCUUCCUCAAAACCCUAACCCUAACCCUAACCCUAAUUUCCACCCCCAAUUCCUCAUCGAUUCCACCGAUCUCCACCAUCACCGCCAUCAUUUCCACCACUAUCAGUUCCACCCUUUCAUGCAACUCGACAGAAAACCUGAUGUUUUCGAAUUCAUGAAAGAACGCCAUGAAUCAUUCUCUUCUACAUUUGGGGUUUCUUCAUUGAAGGAUAGAACUAAAGAUAUUAUUAGCGUUGUUGCUUCUCUUCUCCUUGGUGCUGCUUGUGGUGCUCUCACUGCUGGUACUGUGUAUCUCAUUUGGUCUCUUUUUAAUCACCGACAUGAGGGGUAUUACCGUUCUUUGGAUGGUUUUUCUAGCGAUGAUGAUGAUGAUAUUUUUAACCCUAAGAAGAAAGGUUACGUCGCAAUUCCUGCUGCUACUGUAAAGGAGGUCGAUUCCACCACCACUAUCUCUGUUGCCGUCCCUGUUCCUGUUAAGGAGUCUGCGUGAUUUUGGGUGCCUUUAGGCUAUAGUCUAGGCUCGAGGAGAAUCUUAGCAACUUGGAGCAUCUUACACGUUUUGAAACUAAGGUUGUUGGAUGACUUAAAGCAAGACAAAGUUGUUGAAGAUGUGUAACAUCAUGAUUUUUCAACUAAUGAUGCUAUUUGAUUUGUAAACUAUGGAUGAAAAGCGGACUUGGAAUUUGGCUACUUUGUAGUGCAUUUUGAUUUGCAUGAUCUUGGAUGGGAAGGGUGAAUGGCAUGUCGUAAUGCAAGUACCAACUGAACAUUUAAAAUACUUUUUCUGAUCAAACUUGAAAAGUAGAAUACUAAUAACUUCUGUUCCAUGCUACGUUGUUUCAAAGUAGACAUGCCUUUUCUAAUUGAAUGAGAUUUUAUCGAUAACAAUUCACUUAACUUAUUUACUUAGUGAAAACCGUGCAGAACUAGUGUCAAUGACUAACAAUACACUAGCUCAGUUAUGAUAAUUUGUCCUAAGUGUGAAGAGCUCUAAGGUUUUAGCCUGAAGAUGCUAAAGAGUAGGCAUAAUGUAGUGUGUUUUUGUGGAAAGGCUUUGUAUUGCUUGAAUGUUGUGUACACAACUUGAGUAAGUUGCAAAUGAGGGGGCUUGAGAUAUUUAUAAUGAUGGCCAAGCCCCUUAAGAAUCUAGAAAGUUCUACAUGUUAAUCUACAUGGUUGUCUAUAGAAAUUCUAUGACAGCUCCUACCUUAGGCUUUUCAACAUGUUUCUAGACAACUCUAUAAGUAUGUAUAAUUUUCUACACUAAUCUAGUUGAUAAAAGUAAUUUCUAGAAGCUUCAUGAAACUAAGGUUGUUUGCUGCCUUAAAGCAAGAGAAAGCUGUUGAAGAUAUUACUCUGUAACAUCAUGAUUUUUCAAACAAAGAUGCUAUUUCAUUUGUAAACUAUGGAUGAAAAGCAACUUGGAAUUUGGCUAGUUGGUAGUGCAUUUUGAUUCACAUGAUCUUGGAUGGGAAUGGUGAAUGGCAUAUCAUAAUUCAAGUAUCAAGUGAACAUUAAAAAUACUUUUUCUGAUCGAACUUGAAAAGAGGAAAUACUAAAAACUUCUGUUCUAUGCUAUGUUGUUUCAAAGUAGACAUACCUUUUCUAAUUGAAUGAGAUUUUAUCAAUAACAAUUCACUUAUUUACUUAGUGAAAACCGUGCAACACUAGUAUCAAUGACUAACGAUUACACAAUCUUGAAAAUUUGUCCCAAGUAAGAAAAUCUCUAUGGUUUUAGCUUGAAGAUACUAAAGAGUAAGCUUAAUGUAGAGCCUUUUUUGUGAAAAGGUCUUGUAUUGCUUGAAUGCUUUGUACACACCUCUUGAGUGAGUUGCAAAUGAGGGGGCUUGGGAUAUUUAUAGUGAUGGCCAAGCCCCUUAAGAAUCUAGAAAGUUUUACAUGUUAAUCUACAUGGUCCUCUCUAGAGGAUUGUACGACAAUCCCUACCUUAGACUUUUCUACAUGUUUCGUGAUAACUCUACACGUAUGUACAAUUCUCUACACUUAUGUAGUUGAUACAAGUAAUUUAUAGAAGCUUCUUCAAACUAAGGUCGUUCAAUGCCUUAAAGCAAGAGAAAGCUGUUGAAGAUGUUACUCUGCGACACCAUGAUUUUUCAACUAAUGAUGCUAUUUGAUUUGUAAACUAUGGAUGAAAAGCAGACUUGGAAUUUGGCUACUCUGUUGUGCAUUUUGAUUCACCUGAUCUUGGAUGGGAAGGGUGAAUGGCAUGUCGUAAUGCAAGUAUCAACUUAACAUUAAAAAUAUUUCUGAUCAAACUUGAAAAGAGGAAUACUAAGAGCUUGAGUUCCAUACUAUGUUGUUUCAAAGUAGACCUACCUUUUAUUUGAAUUAGAUUUUAUCAAUAACAAUGUUCUUUAUAGGCUGUUUUCCCUCUUUUAAUUUAGGAUAUAGGCAGAUAAUAGCAUUCAUGUUGCCCUUUUCGUAUAUUAAAGUAUUUCCUUAUCCUCUAAGUUACCUUCCCUCCCCUGUUUCAAACGGCUCUGAUGUGAUUGUGUUUAUCAUUCUACUGGCCUCUAGUCCUUAAAUGCAGAUCUUUUAUGUAAUGAUCUAGCCAGUUAGCUCUAUUCCCAUCUUGUUGUUAUAGUAAGCUUGCUCCUUUUGUUCUCAUUUGUCAUUUCUAUGAAUUCUUCUCAAUUUUUGAGAAGUCGUGUGUUGUCUUUCCAUAAUACCAAAGUGUUCACAUGGAGGGAGUAUGUUAGAGAGAUUGUCUGAAGUUGUAUUGUAGUUUUACUUGUGAAAGUCCUGAUUCCAAUUUGUAAUCUCGGGCUUUGCUUCAAUUCUUUAAGUAGGUCUUAUAGGGACCUAUAUUGUGUUUAGAUAGAGAGAAAUGAAGCGAAAAGAAGGAGAGAGAUUUAAAAGGAUGGAUAAUUUGUUUGGAUAGCAAAAACGAAGGAGAGAGAUUUGGAGGGGUAUUGUUCUGACGGAAAACAUGAAUAAAUUUUGUUAAGAACACAAUAUUUCCUAAAGUGAAAAGAUUUGGAGGGAAAACUUUUUCUUCUUUUUCUCUUAUUUUUUAAGCAAUUGAGGUGCACUCCCGCCUUCCCCCUUUUCCCUUUCAUUCCUUUUUUUUCUCUGAUAAUUUGCUAUUCAAACAUAGCGUUAGUACACUUUAAACCCUUAGAAAUAGAGACCGAAGAAUAGGAUAAUGCAAAGACAAUUAAGAAGUGGUGCACAAUAUUUUAUUAUGCACUGAAUCUGUUAAGACUUGUUUUAGUUUUUUUGAAUGCACGUAAGCACAAAAUGAAGGCAUGAAGCUCAGUAGGGCAGAACUUUUAUAUCACAAAAAUGGCGCUACUAUUAGUGCAGCUUGUGCUUUCUAUUUAGUUUGUCCUGCUUUCAGCAAAUUUGGCUCGUUUUAGUUCAUUUCUACCUUUCUUUGACUUAUUAAAAUGAAUGUUAAUUCGAUUUCCCUUCUAUUAAUACAAUUUUAAAAUGGAUUAAUUGUGUAAUACCUUUCUGAUCUUUCCUUUAUAUAACCCUUGGAUGUCGAAUGUUAAAAUGGAUGUUAAUUUUGAAUAGAAUUGAACAAAAUUGAGUCAGGAACGAGUAUUACUUAAAUGAAUCAUCAUAGUAAGGACUGGUUCGAUGUAUAGCAAUGUGACUUUCAUUAAUGGCAAAAUUGA